AUGGGAUACGGGUUGGACAAGCAAAUACACAACAUCUACGACCCUCGCCCAGCAACCCAAGAAGAACUAGAGAACUACCACGACCACGACUACAUCGAGUUUCUCUCUCGAGUGACACCACAAAAACAAGACGAAAUGCGCUCAAUGAUCGAAGCCUUCAACUGCGUGGAGGAUUGUCCCAUCUUUGCAGACCUAUACGACUUUUGCAAGAUGUACGCAGGCGCCUCGUUGGCUGGCGCGCGGAAACUUUGUGCAGGGACCACCGAUAUUGCCAUCAACUGGUCUGGAGGACUGCACCACGCCAAACGAGGGGAAGCUAGCGGGUUCUGUUACGUUAAUGAUAUCGUCCUUGCUAUCCUGGAAAUGCUACGGUAUUUCCCCCGUGUCCUCUACAUCGACAUCGACAUCCACCACGGAGACGGCGUCGAGAUGGCCUUCUACCACUCCAACCGCGUCAUGACCGUCUCCUUCCACAAAUACACAGGCGACUUCUUCCCCGGGACAGGAAAACUAGACGACAACGGCACAGGUCUCGGCAAGAACUUUUGUCUCAACGUCCCCCUUCUCGACGGAAUCGACGACGACAUGUACUUGACGAUCUUCAAGGCCGUCAUUGGGGAUACUGUGAAUGCUUUCAGACCGUCCGCUAUCGUCCUUCAAUGUGGUGCGGAUUCCUUGGGUUGCGAUCGACUGGGAGCCUUCAACCUCUCGAUUGCUGGUCACGGCGAGUGUGUAGACUUUGUCCGUCGAUUCGGUGUUCCCUUGCUCGUCCUAGGCGGUGGAGGCUACACGAUCAAGAACGUCAGCCGCUGCUGGGCAUACGAAACCUCCGUCCUGGUCGGCGUCAAAGUGCCCAACGAACUUCCCGCGACUGUAUACGACUCGUUCUUCGAAGAUUCCGAAUGGAAGUUGCACCCUCCGCUGACUGGUAAAGUCGACAACCAAAACUCGCCAGCGUCCUUACAGCGGAUACAGAUUGCCAUCAAGACAAAGUUGCGGUAUCUGCAGGGAGCGCCGAGUGUGCAGAUGCAAGAGAUUCCACCGGAUUUGCAGGGGUUGAUGGCGAGUGAGAAUAGGACGGCGGAGGAGAAGGAUGAAGAGAGAGGGACAGGGCAGGCUGGGGAGAGGCGGAAUCCAGGGAGGAGUGCGACAAGGAACGAGUACUAUGAUGGGGAUGGGGACAACGAUCAAGACGAUGUGGGGUCGAGUAUCAGCGCGAGAGCGAGAGGGAAAGGAGCCCGUGGAAGGGGUCGCGGCAGGGGAAGAGGGAAGGGUAAAACUGUUACGUCGGCUGCAACUGUUAAUACCGACGAUGAUGAGACUUCGACCGAUGAUAGUACGCCUGCGCCACCUACGCGGAGAGGAAGAGGCCGUGGACGGGGGAGAGGUGCGAGAGGCGGGCGGGCUCGUGGAAGAGGAGGGGCACCCGCGAGCACGGCAGCCUCGGACAAGGGCAAGGAGGCAAGUGCAGAGGCAGAAGGGGGAGAUGGCGCCUCCAUGGAAGUGGACGAGUAA